AAAGUUUCGCUCGGACUUAUAACACGCCAUCGUCCGAUUAUUUCUUUUCACCCCAACUCACCACUUUCACCAUGAUCGGUCGUUCCUCUUUGCUGGCAAAGUCUGUCGCGAGAAAUAUCUCCACCAAUGGCUUCAGGCGUCUGGCUUCUACUAAGUCUCUCAAAGAAACCCUGCAAGAAGUCAUUCCGGCCAAGCAGGAACAACUCAAGAAACUAAAAGCCGAACAUAGUCAAGCAGUAGUCGGAGAAGUCAAGGUGGAGAACAUCCUGGGUGGCAUGCGCGGUCUCAAAGCCAUGCUCUGGGAAGCCUCUGUCUUGGACCCGAAUGAGGGCAUCCGGUUCCACGGAAUGACCAUCCCGGACUGCCAAAAGGUGCUCCCCUCGGCACCUGGUGGUAAGGAGAUGACAGCUGAGAGCAUGCUUUGGCUGCUCCUCACUGGCAAAGUUCCCACCGCGGAGCAAAGCCGUCAACUGUCCGCUGAGCUCGCAGAGAAGGGAGAACUCCCGCCUUUUGUCGAGAAGCUUAUUGACUCCCUACCAAAGACUCUCCACCCGAUGACGCAGUUGGGUAUGGGUGUUGCAGCUUUGAACCAUGACUCCGUGUUCCAGGAAGCAUAUGAGCGUGGAAUCAAGAAGCCGGAGUAUUGGACGUACACUCUUGAAGACUGCUUGAACCUCAUUGCGAAGCUCCCUGCUUUGGCGGCGCGUAUUUACCGCAACGUCUACCACCCCGAUAGGUCGAUUGUACCUAUUAACAAGAAUUUGGAUCUUGUCGGUAACUACUCCCACAUGCUCGGGUUUGGUCAAAAUGAACACUUGACGGAGUAUCUCCGUUUGUAUAUCGCCUUGCACGGUGACCACGAAGGUGGUAAUGCUUCGGCUCACACUGCUCACCUUGUUGGAUCGACGCUCUCUGACCCGUAUAUCUCCUACUCCGCGGCUCUCUUUGCACUCGCUGGACCUCUUCACGGCCUAGCGAACCAGGAAGUGCUGAGAUGGCAGAUGGCCAUGCAGAAGGAGAUUGGUGACAACAUAACGCAUGAGAACAUCAAGGAGUACCUCUGGAAGACGUUGAAGGGUGGUCAAGUCGUUCCUGGAUAUGGGCACGGGGUCCUGCGUAACCCCGAUCCUCGGUUUGUUGCUCUUCAGGAAUUCUGCAAGACACGCCCGGAUCUGCAAGCAAGCCCCAUCAUUCAGCUCGUACAGCAGACGGCUGAGAUAGCCCCCGAUGUUCUGAAGGAGCAUGGAAAGACGAAGAACCCUUACCCGAAUGUCGACGCAACUUCAGGCUGCGUGUUGUACCAUUACGGUCUGACUGAGUUCAAGUACUACACCGUUAUCUUCGGUGUUUCCAGAGCUUUGGGAGCUCUGACCCAACUGGUCUGGGCACGAGCAUUGGGACUGCCUCUCGAGCGGCCUAAAUCGUAUUCGAUGGACGCCCUCCAGAAGCUCAUCAAGAACUAGAUGGAGAUUGCCAGAGAGACUAAGACGUCCAUUAUGGGUAUGAUAUGCGCUUUGCUGCUGAUUUUUCGUUGUUGAUAAGGGUCUCUGGCAUGAUUUUACUGGCAUGAUUUUUAUUGGAACCACAUUUAUAUCCCGCAAAAUAUGGAAACGUAAUAGAACGCGAUACUUCGUACACUUGAG